UACAAAUCAACCAGAGCCGGUAGGAUUCCGGCUCCCGCGGCUGCAGCGCACCGCACGAGUGCCUGCGGGUCUCUGGCUUCCGCGUCCGCCCCGCCCCCGGCCCCAGCCCGGGCCCCGGCCCCGGCCCGGUUUUCGGCUUCAUCGCCGCGCCAGGCUCCGCCGCGAUCCACAGAGCCGCCAGCGACGUCUGGAGAGCUCCGGGUGCUCGGGUGGGGUGCCAUGCCUUGCCGGAGGGAAGAGGAAGAGGAAGCCGGCGAGGAUGCGGAGGGGGAGGAAGAGGGCAGCUUUCUCCUACUGGAGCAGUCGGUGACGCUGGGCGGCUCGGGCGAGGUGGACCGGCUGGUGGCCCAGAUCGGCGAGACGCUGCAGCUGGACGCGACGCAGGACAGUCCGGCCUCCCCGUGCGCGCCCCCCGGGCCGCCGGUGCAGCCCCCGCAGCCUCCGGCGGCGGUGCGGACAGACAAGGUCGGGCUUCCCGGGCUGCCGCUGCUUCUGCCGACCGCGCCAGCCGGGGCGGUGGGCCCGGCGCCCCUGGGGGCCCUGCGCUGCGUCCUCGGGGACCGCGGCCGCGUGCGGGGCCGGUCUGCGCCCUACUUUGUGGCGGAGCUCGCCGCAGGCCCUAGCGCCCUGUCCCCACUGCCUCCUCAGCCCAACUUAGAUGGGCAUUCGGGAGCCAACAAGAGGAGCGCCCCCCAGCCGCUGUCGGGUCCGUGCCGGCGAGGAUGGCUGCGGGGCGCCGCUGCCUCCCGCCGCCUGCAGCAGCGACGCGGGCCCCAGCCGGAAGUCCGCACCGGCGACGACGACCCACACCGGCUCUUGCAACAGCUCGUGCUCUCCGGGAAUCUCAUCAAAGAGGCGGUUCGAAGGCUUCAUUCGCGACGGCUGCAGUUACAUGCAAAGCUUCCCCAAAACCCGCUCCUGAGGCCUUUGACAGCCCCGGUGCACAAGCCACCGUCGCCCCGCAGCCCUCGCGCGGCCUGCAGCAACUCUGGCGCGACAGGGAGGAGGGCGCAGCUCCGAACUGGCGACAGCGUUCUUGUCCCCGGCAGCUAAUAUCCCGGGAGUGGCCACAGCGCCAGCCUCUGGAGGGCAAGGGGUUCCCCUGAGAGGUACAUCUCUACUCAGACUGGUGAACUCGCGCUUUUGGAAGCGGGAAAGUAAUGAAGACGAUGAAUCGAAAAAUCGCGAGUGUUUUCGUGGGAAACUGAGGUCAAGGGCUCUGAUGUUGAAAAACAGGAUUUGGCCCUAUUGAAGAAAGCGUAUCCCAAGCUCACAAUCAAUAGGACACCUUAUUAUGUAUGACCAUGUUGGAGGCACAGCUUGCAGUUCCACGGCCCGGCAACCAUAGUGCCACAGUCCACGCUUCUCAGGAUCGCAGAGUGCACGCGCGACGAGGAUGAUCCGUUACUUGCUUUGCUUUUUCAAGGCUGGUCCUUGAUCCACUUUUGGGGGAGGUGAACAUGAAUAGACGAUCGUUUCGUAGUACCUCAAUCUGCCAGACUAGAAAACUUAACACACACAAAAAAACCAUCUCGUGUCUUUUAGGGUGCUGGUUCUUAAAACACCUGGUACCGUGAAGGGACGUUUUGGGAGUUAAAUAGAAGUAACCUUUCUCUGCCCCCGCUUUGCAACUGGCUGCGGUUCUCCGAGUGGUAGGGGAAAGCAGAAGCAGUGCGCCCCGGGUGGGGAUGGGAGGCCGGGUCGGGUGGUGCUGGGGAAAGGAUAGGGUGAGGCGCGGAGGGAACCCUUGGUCCUCUCGAAAGUAUUUUUACAGCUGGCCCGCCUCUUCGCGAGUUCAAGGUCACUGUUUCCUGGGCGCACAUGGGGUUGUGGGGCUCCAGCAAGACAGAAAAGUAGCCGGGUUCUGCCUGUACUCGGAAAAGAGCGCAGUGUUUUUUGCAAGUUCUGGAGUCUCCUGAGGACAUGCGCACCGCCGCCACCGUGGGUGCAGGGAGGCAGGGACGUGCUGGGCGCCGGUGCCUCCUGAGGGCGGCCGCGCCCCUGGCUUUCACAGAAGCUCUGGAGACGUGGCCUCCGGUCCUUCCUCUCCCCCUCGGCCCUGCUGUCCUACUCAAAAGCGUAGUGCUGGUGCUCCUGGGGGCCCGGGCUGGGGAGAAGCCACGUGACGGGCACUCCAGGAAGAAACAGCCUCGCAUAGCAGCUUAUAAUGGGCUCUCCGGGGCCAUUUGCAAUAACAGCUGCAAUUCCCUGGAUAGAUGGAGUUGAUUUCCUCCCUCUGCCCCUCCCCCAGCCAUACCAGCUUGCCUUUGUAAGUGAAAGAAACCGAGUAGAAAAUGUGGCCCUCCAAAUGCAGAAGCUGCAGGCUGUGCCAUUGUGAACCGCCAAGUGCUUGUAACAUACUGUUCACUCACUCUGAGGGAUUUAAGACCGUUUAGUUGGUGUUUUAGUUUUAUAAGAUUCAAUGGCUUAUUCAUCAUCCAGAUGUGGCUAUUGACAUAUCUACACUUCGCACCGGAGUGUCUGGAAUUGUGGCUAUCCUGAUUAUAGGAUUUUAACUUAACUGAAAUAUGUUUUUUUAAAAUAAAUGUGUUGUGUUUCUUGUUUGGUUUUAUUUUAUACUUGCUGUCGGAGGGAAACAUGCACAGAACAUAUUUCUCUGAUCUCUAUAAACAUGAAAACGCUUGAAAUCCUUGUCGACCUAGCUUGCAGAUGGUAAUUAGAGCGCCUUUGUGUCUGAGCGGCUCACUGGUUAGACAGGGUCUGCACGGCUGGGUGUGUAUUGGUGCUGGCAUGAAAUGAAAUGAAAGUGAGGUCAGGAUUUGGAUCAAUCCCAUUCACCAAAACCUUAGAUAGAGCUUUUGAAUUACUCGUCAGUGAUGGAGAUGUUUUAUGAAGAUGGCUCUGAAUGUUUUAGCAAAGAACAUCAGAUCAACCAGUCACUGCAGACUGGGAGGCUAAUCACUUUUUUUUUCUUUCUAUUGUGGUCAUUAAGUGGACUUUUUCCACAAGGUGGCUGUAAGGCUGAGCGGCUCGUGGUUAGGGGUUGCUCAGGAUGCAAGUCUGUGGUGGAAAAGCUGGCUGGGAGGGUAUUAAAGGACUCCUCUCUCUGCCCUUGGCACCUUUGCUGCCAUUCUCUCCCUAAGCAGUGACAUAACAGCCCAUCUCUAUACCCCCAGUUCUGAGUUACUACAUACAGUCUGUUCCCUCAAGGAAGGAGCCAGGCUGGAGACAGGGUAUCCAGGUUCAAGUCCACUUAUUAAAUGGGGACCUUGGACAAGUUGCUCAACUGUGAGUUUCCGUUUCCUCAUCUGUACAACAGAUGAAAAGUGAGAUGAGAGAAAAGGGUUCAGGGUUACUGGCACUUCCUGCAGAUAAACUCUCUUGUCCCUACCCCUUCUUACCCAGGACUGUCCCUGAGGGCAUGCCAUGAUUCCAAAAAUGCUUUCUGGAUCAAGCGCUCUGUGAUUCCAGUCCCAACUUCCUCCCUUUUGGACUCAAUUCCUGUUGUCUGUAGCUUGCCAUUCUCUCUCUCUCUCUCUCAUACACACACAGACCCUGAUGGUCUCUAAGAAGUACCUCCAGAACACACCAAGCCAGCCAUUUUCCACAACUUCCCAGAAAGGAUUGUGGAGGGCUCAGUCCAGUGCUGCCCAGCGAGGAAAGGCGAUUAUGGCAGCUCGAACACAAACUGAGGAAAGGAGCCUCCAACAUACAGUGGGCUACCACCUCUGGGCACUGAGCAGCCAGGGAAAGUGGUCAGGUGCUGACUCCCCUGACAUUGGACUAACCCUGAAGUCUUUGGCCCCGCUUCUUAGCUGGGGUGGGAUUUCCCAGAGGUCAAAAGGUUAGGAGCAAUCCAAGGCCAAGUUGGCCAUGAUUCAUGUCACUGCUGGCUUCUGUACUGGUUUCUUGUAAUGAUUGUUUAAGGCUAGACUCAACCAUAGGGCUCACGCAGUUCAACCCCCCUCCCUACACAUACGGAAGACUGGAGAAAACUAAUGGCUACUAUCAGGCACUUUAAAUGCGCUACAACCCUAAAACUGCCCACCUUUUUAAAACUGCA